AUGGAUGGAAAUGCCCGCCCGUUGUUCCAAAUGCGUCUUGGAGCAAGAACCUCUGCUUAUAAAAAGGCGGGCUUCCCUACUAUUGGAUCGCGAACCAAUGCUGUAUGGAAGACUCUAACCACUGAGUUAACAUCGCGGUUGUUACAACCGGUGCUCUGCGUUCAUGAUACUGGGGUGGGGUUCCUUGAGAUUAAGGUGUCUAGGCGGUCAGGAAUUACCCUAUUGAGUAAUGGGAAGAGGAAGAACCUGAACUUUGAUUCUCUUUAG